AUGAGACUAUCCACCCUCGGCACAGCCCUUGUGGGCCUAGCUGCCGCGCAGGCAUCGAUUAUCAAUUACUCCGCGGUCACAGGCUACUUCCUGCAAGAUGAGGCUUCGACUGAUGCCUCUACAUUUGACUAUACAGCGGAGAACUUCGGCCUGAUCGCCCGCUCAUAUCCCGCAGACAAGAAUCACAAGAAGCACGAAUCUCUAACCCAAUGGGAACGCUUCUACCGCCAGGUCACGGCGUUGAAUGAUCAUUCCCCCACGGACGUCGAGUACAAGGUUCUGUUCCUUGGUCGACAUGGCGAAGGAUGGCACAAUGCCGCCGAGACCUAUUACGGAACGCCAGCGUGGAACUGCUACUGGUCCGAGCUCAGCGGCAACAGCACAGCAAGCUGGGCAGACGCCACCCUCACACCCGACGGCAUCUCGCAAGCGCUCAAAGCAAACGAGUUCUGGCAAAAGGAGAUCGAUGAACAACGAAUCCACACCCCAGACCAAUACUACGUCAGCCCGCUGACACGCACCCUGCAAACCGCCAAUCUAACCUUCACGGGCCUGGACCUGCCCAGACACAGCGCGCCCUUCAAGCCUACCAUCAAGGAGCUCUUGCGCGAAGGGAUCAGCAUCCACACCUGCGACCACCGCCGCAGUCGCAGCUACAUCCACAAGCUAUUCCCGCACUGGUCCAUUGAGCGCGGGUUCAGCGAGGAGGACGAGCUGUGGAACGGCGUGACGGCCGAGUCGAGCGGUGCGCAGGAUAUCCGGAGCGCCCAGGUCCUAGGUGAAGUGUUCUCCGGUUCGCCCAAGUCGAAGGCGUUUGUGUCGAUUACGUCGCAUUCGGGUGAAAUCGCCUCGAUUCUGAGGGUUAUUGGGCACCGGACUUUCAAGCUGAAUACCGGUGCUGUUAUUCCUGUGUUGGUCAAGGCUGAGAAGGUUCGCGGUAAGGCGUCGACUACCUCUGUGCCUUGGGAGGUGAGUCCGCAUUGUACGGAGCCGCCGGUUACGUCGGUUACGGCUUGUGUUUGUCCUUCCAGUGCGGUGCCUGUUACGACGGCUUUGGCUACUGGGUUUUAG